GCGGACAGUUUACUUUGAACGGUGCAUCGUGUGGUUGGUGUCACAUGGCUCUCUUCACUCCUACAAACCAAAAACGACUAACUAACGUAUCUGUAGUACGCUUAAAAAAAGGAGGAAAUCGUUAUGAGCUAGCAUGUUAUCCAAAUAAGGUUCGCGCCUGGAGAGAUAAACUGUAAUUAUUAAAUCCAUGAAUUACUUUUCAGUGAGACUAAUUUAGAUGAAGUUUUACAAGCUCAUUGUGUUUUCUCAAAUGUCUCGAAAGGUCAGUUUGCGAAUAGGAAGGAUAUGUACGUUGACUUUCGCACUGAAGACGAGCGUCAAAUCAUAAAAACCAUUCUUGAAAACGGCGAAUUGCAGCUCACUGAAAAAGAACGCCUUGUUGGUCAGCAGGCUUUGUUCAAAGAUGUGGCUAAAAUCGUGUCUGAGCGGUGUGUAAAUCCGGAAAACAAUCGCGCUUACACUGCUACUAUGGUUGAAAAAAUGAUGAAAGAUUGCCACAUAUCCUUGAAAGCUAACAAAAACGUUAAGCAGCACGCCUUAGAAGUGAUUAAGCAAUUACGAUCUACCCCAGGAUUCAAGAUAGCACCGUCGAUGAUGGAAGUAAUAAUCUCCAUACAAAAAGAUGCUUAUGAACCCGUUUUUGAGAGACUUUUGCAAUUAUGUAAUGAAGUUAUACGUCAGAGUGAGUCAGCGGAUGGACUGUGUGAACUGGCUGCUGUUGUUGAACCUGAAAAAUACGGUUCCAUUGAAGCACUUCUUCACAGCGAAAUAAAAGGUAGAUAUUGCAUUGAAAUAGCUGACAGUACAAAGUAUGGUCACAAAGAACAGAUAAGGUCGAACCCUGGUUACAAAACAGAAAGAAACUCAAGGAGGAUGCCAGCACCAGUGCUCCCAGUUCAUCUAAAUCAGAAGUUGGUCAAACUGUUCAGCCAUCUGAGACAUCAGUGUCAGUUGAUAGAAAAGAUAAAAAGAAGCCCAGGAGAAAGAACAAAAAAGGUUCCAAACAUGAUGACUGGUCUGAUGAUUGAUUAGUAUAAAACUGUAUCAUUACCGCAUUGUUCAGUCUUUCACUGGUCAAAUUUGUAUACAUUUGCAUUUUUUUCCUGCAUUAUUUAUUUCCAAUAGAGAUUAUCGAAGCGGAUUUCUCUUAUUUUAACCUUUAAAUAUGUAAUGAGUCAAUAAAAUAUCUCAAUACUUUGAA